CUGCACCUGGGCACUGCCUUUCACAAAUGAUGGAUUCCCAUUUUGCCCCUGAAGAUUAACUGAAUAUUGGUAGGUGGACUUGAGCAAGAUGGAGAACAACACAACCACCUUUCAGGAUGUCAGUCGGGUUGUAAAUCUGACAGAAAUGCCUCUGAACCCUCUUGAAGAACAAGUCAUAACGAUAUUUUUGACCAUGCUCAUUUGUGGAGUUGGGAUUGCUGGGAAUAUCAUGGUGGUGCUGGUUGUUCUGCGCACUAAACACAUGGUGACCCCGACUAACUGUUACCUUGUCAGCUUGGCUGUCGCAGACCUCAUUGUGCUCCUGGCUGCAGGCCUGCCUAAUAUCUCUGAUGUUGUAGCCUUCUGGAUAUAUGGCUACACAGGAUGCUUGUGUAUAACUUAUCUUCAGUACCUGGGCAUCAACGUGUCAUCCUGCUCCAUCACAGCGUUCACUAUUGAACGAUACAUUGCUAUUUGUCACUCCAUAAAGGCACAGUUCCUAUGUACUGUUUCCCGAGCCAAGAGAAUCAUAGCUGGAGUGUGGAUUUUUACCUCGCUCUACUGCACGAUGUGGUUCUUUUUAGUGGACACAGAUGAAACCGUCUAUACCAACGGGGUGGUCGUCACCUGUGGCUACCGUGUCUCCAGAAGCCUCUACAUGCCAAUUUAUUUCCUGGACUUCACUCUGUUUUACGUGAUCCCUCUCAUUGUGGCCACUGUGCUGUAUGGGCUCAUUGCCAGGAUUUUGUUCAUGAGCCCUCUGCCUUCGCAUCUCAACGACCGAGCCGGAGGCGGGUCAGUUCACCAGGGGCACUCCAGUACCACCAACAAGGCCAACAAGGGUGCAGUCUCUGCAAGAAAACAGAUAACAAAGAUGCUGGCUGUUGUGGUCAUCCUGUUCGCCCUGCUCUGGAUGCCUUACCGAACGCUAGUAGUGGUCAACUCCUUCAUUGACCCGCCGUACCACAACACCUGGUUCCUGCUCUUCUGCCGGAUGUGCAUCUACACCAACAGUGCCAUCAACCCCAUCAUUUAUAACCUCAUGUCUCAGAAGUUUCGUGUUGCAUUCAAAAAGCUCUGCAAGUGCCCCUGGGGCCACAGGGAGGCCGAGUACAAUGUGCCGAUGUAUUACAGUGUGAUGAAGAAUUCAACCCAUGAGUGCAAUGAACCGGUCACAGAGCAAGAAGAAGUCAGUUAUCACAUCACCCACAGGUCCAACAUGACAGAUGAUGAAGCUCUCAGCAUUUCUUCGUGAAUUUUCAUGGAGACAUGAAGCGUUUCAGUGAUUGUGCGUGUUUUAAGGGUCCAUUGUUACUGGCUGUGGGUGCAUGAUAAAUUAAUUAUGACAAUCUGUUAUUCUGAUGUUUAGGCUUCCUGUUAUUUGCACCUGUUACAAAAAUAACUACUGUGAAAUCAUUUUACGUGUGGUUUAAUAGUUGUGGUACUUUGUGAAACAGUAUUGUAACACCUAUGUUGUAAAUAUCAGUAGAGUCUGUUACCUAUGAUCUCAGUUACCUCGCCAAAGGAGGUUAUGUGAUUGAUUCAGUUUGUUUGAUUGCAUGAUUACUCAAAAUGUUAUAAAUGGAUUUGCAUUUUA